AUGAGGAAACACUUCAGAGGAGACGGCUCAGAGCUUCUCAACUCGCUGGUCGUCAGGGUCCUAGUGCCCGACCUGCAGCAGACGAAGUGCGUGCGGUUCAACCCGGAGGCGACGGUCUGGGUUGCUAAGCAACGGAUCCUGUGUACGCUGACCCAGAACCUGAAGGACGUGCUGAACUACGGACUCUUCCAGCCGGCCGGCGGCGGGCGUGACGGGACGUUCCUGGACGAGGAGCGCCUCCUCCGAGAGUACCCUCAGCCAAUCAGAGAGGGCGUCCCGUCUCUGGAGUUCCGCUACAAGAGUCGAAUCUACAAGCAACCCGACGUGGACGAGAAGCAGAUCGCCAAGCUGCACACCAAGGGCAACCUGAGGAGGUUCAUGGACCUCAUCCAUCACAACCAGGUGGACGAAGUGUUGAAGCUGCUGGAGGACGGCUUUGACCCCAACUACCACGACGGGGACACUGGUGAGAGCCCGCUGACCUUCACCGCCCACCUGGACGGCGUGGCGGAGCUCCUCCAGGUGCUGAGCAGCGGAGGAGCUCACCUGGACUUCAGGGCCCGGGACGGCAUGACGGCGCUCCACAAGGCGGCGCGCUCCCAAAACCAGGCGGCGCUCGCGACGCUGCUGCAGCUGGGCGCCUCUCCGGACCUGAGGGACGACCCGGGCUGCUGCCAGCUGCUGCUGAGUCACAACGCCACGCUGGAGUGUGAGGACGAGAACGGCUGGCACGAGGCCCACCAGGCUUGCCGUCAUGGUCAUGUUCAGCAUCUGGAGCAUCUGUUGUUCUACGGCGCCGACAUGAGCGCCCAGAACGCGUCGGGGAACUCCGCGCUGCACAUCUGUGCCCUGUACAACCAGGAUAACUGUGCCAGGGUGCUGCUCGUCCGUGGAGCCGACAAAGAAGUGAAGAACUACAACAACCAGAGUCCGGUCCAGGUCGCCAUAACCGCUGGAAACUUUGAGCUCGCCGAGCUCGUCAAGAACCACAAGGAGACAGAUAUCGUGCCUUUCCGCGAGGCCCCGCCCCCCUCCAGGCGCCGGCGGGCUCCUUCUUCUGGCGCCGCCGACCGGGCCCCCUCCUCGCUGUCGGCGCCGCGGGUCCUGCUGCGCUCCAACAGCGACAACAACCUGACGGUCAGCCACCAGCAGCGCGGCGCCGCCCCCCCCCUGCAGCCCCCCCCGCCCCGGGGCCCCCGGCCCGGCUCCUCGGCGCCGCGCCGCAGCCUGUCGCCCCAGCUGCUGCAGCUGAUGCCCGGCGGCAGCCCCAACGGCAACGUGGUGGUCCGGACCAUGGGGAGGGGGGGCCGGGGGGGGCGGAGCCGCUCGCCCUCCCUCAGCCGGCUGGGGGAGGAGGCCCGGCGGGCCCCGCCCAUACAGCGCCAGCCCAGCGAGGCCGGCGCCGCCCGGAGGAAGCUGUACAGCGCCGUCCCCGGCCGACACUUCGUGGUGGUCCGGCCCCACAUCGCCCAGGCCGAGGGCGAGGUCACCCUCUACAAGGGCGACCGGGUCAAAGUCCUGAGCAUCGGGGAGGGGGGGUUCUGGGAGGGCAGCGCCCGCGGCCUGCUGGGCUGGUUCCCCUCCGACUGCGUGGAGGAGAACCCCAUCAAGGCCACCGAGGAGAGGAGCUACUCCCGGGCCGACCGGAGGAAGCUCUUCCGACACUACACCGUGGGCUCCUACGACAGCUUCGAGGCCUCCAGCGACUGCGUCGCAGACGAGAAGACGGUGGUGCUCCAGAAGAAGGACGACGAGGGCUUCGGCUUCGUGCUGCGGGGGGCCAAAGCGGACACGCCCAUCGAGGAGUUCACUCCCACCCCCGCCUUCCCCGCGCUGCAGUACCUGGAGUCCGUGGACGAGGGCGGGGUGGCGUGGCAGGCCGGGCUCCGGACCGGGGACUUCCUCAUCGAGGUGAACCAGGACAACGUGGUGAAGGUGGGCCACCGGCAGGUGGUCAACAUGAUCCGUCACGGGACCAACAGGCUCCUCAUCAAGGUGGUGACGGUCAGCCGCAACCCGGAGCCCGACGACACGGCCCGCAAGAAAGCCCCUCCCCCUCCAAAGAGAGCCCCCACCACAGCCCUGUCCAUGCGCUCCAAGUCCAUGACCUCCGAGCUGGAGGAGCUGGAUAAAGUAGAAGAGAUGGCGCUCGCCCAGAAGGCCUCGCCGGGCGAUGCCAGGGUCGCCUCCAUCAAGCCGCGGCCGUCCAGCCGCUGCCUAGCAACGGCCGACCUCAACUCCAUGUACCACGACCGGCAGGGCGUCGCCGUGCUGCCGCCCUCGGCGCCCGGGGCCUUCCUGGGGCUCCCCGAGAAAAACACACUGAAGAAGCAGAAGUCCAUAGAUACGACGGAGGAGCAGGGAUUCCUCACGCCUCCUCUGCUGAAGUUCGCCCGCAGCCUCUCGAUGCCCGACACCUCGGAGGACAUCCCCCCUCCCCCGGCCAGUUCCCCCCCCUCGCCGCCCGACUACAGCUCCGGCCCCACGGCCAAAGGCUACGGCACCACGCGGCCCAGCUUCAUGCAGAACUCGCCCAACGCGGUGAAGACCAUCGGCCGGACCGCGGACGCCGGCACCUUGAGGCGAGGCUAUUUCCGGCAGAGCUCGGAGCAGUUCGAGAGCACGUGCGUUCGGGGCCGAGCGCCGGUGCCGGAGAACCCGUACUCCGAGUUGGGCAACAGGACCCUGUACGUGCCGGCCAAACCGGCUCGGAGGAAGGGCGUGCUGGUGAAGCAGCCCAACGUCGAGGACAGUCCCGAGAAGACGUGCCGCGCGCCCGCAGACCCCUCGGCCGCCGUGUCCACGCCCACCGAACGAACGUGCUCCUCCAUCGCCAUCCCCACCAUCAUCGUCAAGGAGCCCUCCACCAGCAGCAGCGGCAAGAGCAGCCAGGGCAGCAGCAUGGAGAUCGAGCCCGCCACCCCCGAGCACCCGCCCCUCUCGCCCGGUGGUGGCGGACUGCGUCCCGAAGGCCCGAUGUCUCCCGGCAACCCCUUUGCGGCAGCGAUCGCCGGGGCGGUCCGGGACCGGGAGAGGAGGCUGGAGGCCAGGAAGCACUCCGGUGCCUUCCAGUCCAUAGACAUGGGGGACGACGACCUGGGCGGUCCCGCGCCGACCCCUCAGCUGCGCCAGUCCAAGUCCAUCGAUGAAGGCAUGUUCGGCAACGACGAGCGGCUCCGGAGGAUAUUGGGUCCCUCUCUGCAGCUCGGGCCCCCGGUUGGGGGCGGUAGCGGCAACAUGACCGAUUUCAACACUCCUGAGCCCACAGUGGUCCGGGAGCCUCUGAACACCAGAACCGGCCAGUGUCCCAACCUGGACAGUCCCGUCAGUCUACCGGCCACGCCCCCCAAGAGCCACUACCGGGCCAACGGGACCUACCUCCAUCCGGUCACCGGCAAGCCCCUGGACCCGAAUUCUCCGCUGGCUCUGGCCCUGGCGGCUCGUGACCGGGCGAUGAGCGAGCAACAGAACCAUCCUCAGAACCCUCCUCGGGUUCAGCACGAAGCCCAGUCCCUCCCGCAUCAGCCCAGCCACAAACCGGAUCUGGACCAGCCGCUGUUCAUCGACACGAAGCUCCGCUCCAGGAUCGAGACGAGUUUUGCCGCGAUCUCCUCGGCCACCGUGGGCCGGCCCGGCCGAGGCGCUCUCCGGAGGCAGAUGACGGAGCAGAAGUACGAGUCGGACGGGCCGCGGGAGGAGCGCCGGCACCGGCCGGUCGAGGAGAGGAAAAGCGCGCCGGCGGACGUGACGGACGCAUCGCAACCCAAGUCGGCGGGGCUGCUGAUGGUGCACACCUGCAACGAAGCCGGCGGCAACGGGCACCACCCAGAGGGGGAGGGGCCGGACAGCAACCGGCCGUCCGAACUGAAGGACACCAACCAGCCGGAGCCGCUCCACGCCGCCACGCCGGGCGCCGAUCCCCAGCUCGCCACAUCUCAGAGGAGGAGCAUCCCCGUGGGCGAGUCCAUGGAGGAGCCGGUGAAGCUGCCCUUCCGUAUGCCCCCUCCCCCGCUGGCCUCGGUGGACAUCGACGACGAUUUUGACUUCACGGAGCCCCUCCCCCCACCGCUGGAGUUUGCCAACAGUAUUGACAUCCCCGAUGAUGCCAUUGCAGAGAUGCUGCUGCAACAGAGACGGAACGGGGGUCCCUCGCUCCCGCCGUACCACCCUCACGCCCCCCCGCCCGUCAUGGACCUACACAGACGGGCGGCGCACAGCCCGCCCCCCUCAUACCCUCCCCCCCCACCGGACUCUGAGUCGGGGCUGGGGGAUUCGGGCAUGGAGGAGGCGGGCAGCAGCGGGGAUCCUCAGCUCUCCACGCUGUCGUCAGAGGGGGGCUUCUGCGACGGCGCUCUGGAGAGCCUCUACGCCGCCGCGGACGGACACGCCUUCCUGGUGGAUCGGCCCCCCGUGCCCCCCAAACCCAAGGGCAAGUCCGUCCUCCACAGGACGUCGCUGUAUCACGACGCUCUCAUCGAGGAGCCCCCGGAGUCCUACGGGUCACCGCCUCAGGCCCCUCCCCCCAUGACCUCUGAACCUCCUAGGACUCCCACGCAAAGGACAUCCAAGCUGUGGGGCGAUCAGCCCCCCGAGCUGCGCAGCCCUCCGUCCACACCGGACCCCAAGAACACCGUCAUCACCGAGCUGAGCUCCAUCCUGCAGCAGAUGAGCCGCGACAGGCCGCCGCGGCCGGCAGAGAGCCCCGCCUCCUCGACGGGGGCCAGGGCCGGCUCCGGAACCAGGCCGCCCUCGGACGACUCAGGGGUGCGUAGCAACGCCGCCGCCCCGCUGGCCUCCACGCCGCCCGGCAGCCUCCCGUCCCGGCCGCACGCCGGCAGCCCUCCGGACUCCGGCUCCUCCCUCACGCCGUGCUCCUCGCUGCCGCCCUCCGCGUCGGCCAGCCUCGCCGACGUCUUCGGCCUGGCCACGCCCCCCGUGGGCGGCGGCGCCUACAGCUCGCGCUCCCCGUCGCCGCUCACGCUGCUGCAGCAGGCGGCGGCGGCGGGGAGGCCCUUCGCCGCCGCGCCUGUGGAGCUGUGGAGCAAACACGACGUGGCGGACUGGCUGGAGAGCCUGAACCUCGGCGAGCACCGCGACGCCUUCCUGGACAACGAGAUCGAGGGCGCCCACCUGGCCUCGCUGCAGAAGGAGGACCUGAUCGACCUGGGCGUGACCCGGGUGGGCCACCGCAUGAACAUCGAGAGGGCCCUGAAGACGCUGCAGGACAGAUAGGGGGAGGGGCUUCACGGGCGCCUUCAGCCACCUCUCCCCCGGACGCCGCCGCCUCUCGUCCCUCUUCCUCCUUCCACGCCACCCCUGAGCACCAAGAGGGGGGCCACAUGGAGAGGAGGAGCUACAGGGAGCUGGGGGGAGGAGCUACAGGGAGCGGAGGACGCCACGGCCAGAAGAAGAACCUCUGGGUUCUGAAGACUUGGAGGACCCAGCUGAGCUGGCCCCGCCCCUUUUCUAUCUUUGCUAGAAUAAUAUUUGUUCACUAGAGUCGACCCGAUUAUAUUUCUGGGUGCAUCGAAAGUUUAGAGAAACAUUUGAGACUUCUAUCUGAUUUCUGUUUGUCAACGAUGAGAAAUGUUUGAAAUAGAUUACACACACACACACACAGAGACACACAGACACACACACACACACACAGACACACACACACACACACACACACACACACACACACACACAGACACACACGGCGUUGCGGCGAUGGCCUUCUUCUCCUGAGGAGCUCCCCAGGCCCCGCCCCCCUCGCCCAGUCACCCACCGCCUGGCUUUUCCUCAGUGUGUGUGUGUCUGUGUGUGUCUGUGUGUGUGUGUCUGUGUGUGUGUGUGUGUCUGUGUGAGUGUGUCACUGGUUGACCCAGCAUAUCCUUAUGGGACAGUUUAGCACGCGGUCACGCGGUCACGCGGUCACGUAGUAACCAAACGCCCUGUGUGUGUAGAAGUGGAGGUUUUUAGAGAGAGUAUUUAAAAGGGACCGUUCAUCAUUUUGGGGAAAUAUCUGCAUUCUUGCAGCGAGUUAGACAAUAUAUAUUUCAUAUAUAUUAUAAUAUAUAUAUUAUAUAUAUAUAUAAUAUUAUAUAUAUAUAAUAUAUAGUCUGUGCAAUAUGAAGCUGGAGCCGGGAGACCAUUAGCUUAGCAUAAAGACUAAGCUAUGAAGCUAAUAUUACACAGUGGCCAAACGGUGGAAUUACAACUUCCUGGUCCGUGAUGCUAACUCGACCCUCAUUGGGAACUCAAUAACCUUUAUUUAAAUCAUUGGCUGAAUCCAGAGUCAUUUCUCUUCCUCCAGUCACGAGGCUGGAUUGGGGGCCUGGAGGCGGGGCCAAAGGAGGCCAGGAGGCGGGGCCAAAGGAGGCCGGGCCCCCCUGGAUGUUUUUGGUAAUCCGUAAAUCUGAAUAUAAUUUCAGAAGUCAAAUUUAUUUGUCUUCUUGUGCCACUGAGCAGCUUUGAACUGCAUCCAGUUCUGUUUGUUAUUGCUAACUAGCCGCUAACAUGUUAGCACGUUAGCAUGCUGACGUAAGCUAAGCUAAUGGUCUCCUGAGUCCAGUGUGGAAUCCUUCUGGAGGCCUUUUUAUAGCUUUCAGAGAUUUUAAAUAACAAAGUGAUGAACAACCUCGUGUUUACGAAGCUCACCGGUUGACAUUUGAAGAGCUCAAGCUCCAGUUUUACCAGGGAAGUUUUCUACUGAGCUAAAUGAACAUUUUGUACAUUGUUCUUUGUUAAUGAGAAAAGAAAAGAGCGUUGGAUCCGUUAGCAUGAAGCUAACGUUAGCUCGUUGUCCCAACCUGAGCAGCCGUGUGGUUCAAAAGGGAAAAGCCGUCAGCGGAGCGCCUCCUCCUCCUCCUCCUCUUCCUCCUCCUCCUCCUCGCAGAACGCGGCCAGACACGAAACUCGCGCCGCUAACGGAGCCGACGCCAGAUGGCGGGAAAAUCUUCCCCCAACCGCCGGCUUUCCAGAGCAAACGGAGAUUUCGUGGCUCGGGGGUUUUAUGUCAAAUUACUUCAUUUUUUCCCCCCACGUAAGUUCACAUUGUGCACAUGAGAUGGAAGACGAGCGGCAGAUGUCCACCGGCGUGAGACGAGAUCCCCCCCCCCCCCACUCUGCCGCCGGCCGGUCAGGAGGAGGCGCGAUGGAAACGUGUAAAUAAGAAUGUUUCACAGGAUGUACAACACGAGUAUUGAUGACGCUCUGAGAGCAGCGCCCCCUGCAGGUCAUCAGUGCCCGACACACAGAAACACAGCGCCUGCUAUGUUUAUAUAUGUAUACAUGUGUAAAUGCAGAUAUAUAUAUAUAUAUAUGUAGUUUCAUCUGGUUUCAGCCGGCGCGCUGCAGCAGCGCCGCUCUGUGUUCUGUGAACACCACGCUGCCGCCAUCUUGUUCCCGUCGGGUCAUGUGACUUCCUGAGCGCCAGCAGCCGGAGGGAGGAGCUCAGUAUUUUUAAAGAUUUGUAUAAAGUUCUACGACAAUUUUAUAGAAGUUAUCUGAACAUAAAUAAAACUGUUCACUGAUGCGUGGAUUGCCAAAACAACAACAACAACAACAACAUACUAUAUAGAUACAAACGUUGGAUAUUAUUAGACUUAUGGGUUAUGUAAGAAGCAAUAUUGAUUCUGAAUGAAUCUCCUUGGUUGUCUUGUUUUCCCGUUUUGAAAGCUCCAUAUCACGACGUCAGAGCGUAGAAACAGAGCGGGAACAAACGCGGAGCUGUUUGUCUCAACGAUAACGGCCGUUGUUUAAAGUUCGGGAAGAGAGACGAAGGACUUGCCCGUUAGCUCGUUAGCCCGUUAGCCCGUCCUUCUCCAGAGCAUCGUGGAGUGAAGCCGUUGCUCCGCUGCUCGGGUCACUUCUGUAACCAGUGUAGCACGAAAGCACGGUGGUACUAGCAAGCUAGCUAACUAGCCAGCUGUUUGCUUGUGAGCUAACGGUUUAGAGUGCUAAUUGAUGCCUUUUAAUGCUCCGCUUGUUGCAGGAGAUUAGCCAAACAAAGGCGUCGUCUCUUCACAGAUAGGCUCUUUAUACAUGUUGACAAGAGUUUGUGGAGGAAGAACAAAGUUGUUCAAUUUGACUCAUGCUGGCUAAUGAGUUAGCUAGCUAGCUUGCUGGUUCCACCGUGCUUUGAAGCUACGCUAGUUACUACAAAUGACCCCCACCGAGUUGUCCCUCAGCUCUCAAUAGCAACGUUGUUCCCCGUGUUGUGACAAGAGUUCAGAUAAAGAGUUGUUUGAUUUUAUUUAUUUAGCGGCUCGCCAGUUGGAGUGCUAGCUCGCUAAUCCCACAACGCGCUCCUGCUCCGUCCGUUCGGCUCGGAUCCACUUCUGGAGUAGACUUGAGAUAUUUGUGGCCAGUCUAGUGACUAACUAAACCCAGGUAUCUUCUGAAGACCACCAUCUGCCUGACCAGACCCCCCCCCCCUCGGCCCCUCCCUCUUCCCGAAGUUUAGAGUGUGUGUUUUAAAAAAGAGCAAAAUGUGUACAUUUAAAAAUAUAUAUUUACAUUUACAAAAGGCCAUCUUGGUAGGAAGCUAUAUGAAACCUAUAUAUAUAUAUAUAUAUAUGUAUACAAACACCCACCAAUAAGAUUAGUGGUGGCGGUUGACUCCCUUAUUUGGACCAACGUUGUUGCUAGGCAGAUUUCUCUGUGGAAACGUAGAGUAGACGUAGUUCACCAGGUCCCUUCAGAACACGGCUCCGCCUUUAUCCUCCUCCAAACCUCUGGGUAACUUAUUCAUAACUUAUUCAUCUUUGUUCUCUUUCUUUCUUUAAUUAAUUAAUUACUAAUUAUUUUUAAUUGUAUAAUUAUUAUUUUUUGCAUUCAUAGAUUUUAUUCUUUGAGGCCGAGAUGUUUUCGGUAAUUUUGUGCUAUUAAAUCAUCUUAGAAUCAAUAAUUAAUGAAGUGAAGAUAAUUUUCCUGUAACUGCACCCCCCCCCCCCCACACACACACACACACACAAAUCCUCGAGACUUCUUGUAUGGCAACCAAAAUUCACUAAGAAAUAAAUAUAAUAUUGCACUAGU